GUGGAGAACUGUGAGCUCUGUGUCUUCCUCUGUGAACGUAUCCGGAAAUUGGUGGGGUUGUAUGUAGAAACGCGGAGGGUCUGGGGGAUCCCCUGGUGAGAAAUGGCUCCCAAAACCAUUAAAGCUGCCAUAGCAGACGCGCUGGAGAAUCUGUCAGAGGAAAACUUCAAAAAGUUCUGCACCAGGCUGCUGGACCGCAGGGAAGAGCCGAGAGUCCGGCGCAGGCAAGUGGAGGGAAAAACCUACCUAGAGAUCACUGACCUCCUGGUUUCUACUUUUACCGAGGCGAAAGCUCUUCAGGUGACUGUGGAUCUGUUGAAGGAGGCAAAGUGCGGGAACGAUGCCAAGGAACUCUUGGAAGAAACAGAGGCACUGCGCUCAGAGCUUGGUUCCAGUGAUGCUGCAAGACCAUCAGCUGGAGCAUCUGGUGGAGAUACCAUGGCCGACAAGCACUUUGUGGAUAAACACAGAAUGGCUCUAAUCCAGAGAGUGAGCAACAUUGCACCCAUUCUGGAUGGGCUCCUCUGCGAAGGUGUCCUCCAACAGGAUAGUUAUGAUAGCGUCCGAGCUCUGCCCACCACUCAGGAGAAGAUGAGGGAGCUCUACUGCGGUUGCUUGAAAGCAGCCACUGCCUGCAAAAAUGUCUUCUUGAACCUUCUUGAGGAAAAUGAGAAGUAUCUCAUUGAGGAACUCAAGAACAAAUAAAUCUUUGGAUAAUUUUUUAGGGCAUGUAGCCCACCUAAAUAAAUUACAUUUUAUAACAACUAGGAAAUAUUGAUAGGGCCCUAGGAUUUGAACGGAAACUCAGACGGAAUCACAGAACUGGCCAAUAAAAACGGAAUCUACUGUUUAAUGUGAAAGUCCUGGAAAUUUAAUGAAUUUAACCGAAAUGCUCCGUUUUGUAGAAAGAGGAACGUAUAUCUGGGAAGUGGGGGAUCACUAAAGUGUGGCACAACUUGUGCCUCACUUCACAAACACUCACCCCGCCCUCUCCUAAACAACACAAUGCAUGUCAGAGUAGCUGCAUGAAACACCGGCAAACAUCAUGUAGCUCAACAUGGGGCAGUAUCAUGCAACAUAAUAUUGCACAUACAAGAAAAACUCAUCCAUGCUUCGAGUUAUUUUACCUCACCACACCUGAGAGUCAGGCAGAGAGAGGUGUGUCUGUACAUGAGGCACACAGCUGAAGAUACAACUUGAAGACCUGCUCACACCUCAAGGGCUUCAAACUCGAAUUGGAUGGACUCGAGAUUUUAAGAAGUCCCGUAGUCAAAAUGAUGUUACAUUCGAGUAUCAGUUAGCUUAACAAUUCCUCCUGUAGAUACUGUAGUUCCCUUUGGUUGCUUAACGACAAUUCGUGACAAUACAUGUCUGCAUUAACGAAGUGGUCUGUUAUUAAUGUAUGGAGAGAGAUGAGGGGAGAACCGUUACAGUCAGGAGUAAAACACAAUGCAGCAUCAAACUGCAUGGACUAUUACAGACUGAGAGAGGAAAGAAAACUUUAGGAAAGAGGUUUACUUUAAAUCAUUUAACUUUAAUGUGACCUUAUUAAGUUACUAACACUGGAUGUGAUUAUACAUGUGGAUGUGUCUUAAAAUGUUGGAAAUAUCUGACUGUUACCCUAAUUAUAGUUAUUAUUUAUCAGGGUUAUUCAAACAAUGGCUUUUGGCCAAUUGUGGCCCUUUUUCAAUAAAUUUCAGGGUUUUUCUAUAUAAUUAAGGAACAUUUUAUUCAUUUACAUAAACAGGACACACUUUUUUUGUAAAAUUAGCAGAAAGGUUAAAAAACGGAAUUCCAAAAAAUUAAAAUGGAAAUUGGCAAAAAAUUAAACAGAGUUCAUAGGGCCCUAGUUGAGUGUUUGUGAAGUGAAGCACAAGUUUUGCCACACUUUAGUAUUCCCCUGGAACAUAAUUCCCAGAUAUACGUUAUUCUUUCUAAAAAACAUAGCAUUUUGGUUAAAUUCAUUCAAUUUCCACUUUAAAUACAUAAACUGUAGAAAGAAUUGGACAAACCCUGUGUGACGUCAGUCGUCUUUGCUAACAAUAGGCAGAUUCAAACGACUCUUGAAGCAGAUUUGCGGAGGCUUCCAUAUUGAAAUUGUGGUCUCAACUGAACUUGGAUCAACCUAACGGCCCUCCCAUCAACCGCGACUUCCUGUCAGCUUGCUAGCUAGCUUUCGGGUUGACAGAAACGGAACCUCUGC